UUCCGAGCUUCCCUCGGUUAUUAGUUCGCACUCACAGGAUUAUUUAAAACACCCUUAUCCCGAACAAGUCCAGCCGGUUAUCCUGAGCUGUGGGGCUUUGGUGUAGGCUGUAACACGAAGCUAGCUUCCCAGAGCUGCGCGGUGGUGAUUCAGCUUUGGCGACGGAGCUGCGUUCACCUCAGCUCACCUGCUGCUUUUAAAAAUCCAAAAUAACCCAGUCGGGAACGACUUUUUAUUUUAGUAUCACUGGUAUUAUUUGACUGGAUGUACUUUACAACGACGGUAAGUGACGUUAGCCCAGCUCCGAGCGCUUUGUAGCUGAAUUUAAAAAAGGAGAUGUGCUAGCUUGUGGCAUCGCGGUGGUGGAGGCGCCGCGGAGGGAGGAAGGUCCGUGUUUAACCGGUUGUAGAAAAUGCACCAUCACUGGAGCUACACACCCGCGUCUUGGCCUAUUAAUAACAUUCCCCUAAGGAGGACACAUGAGACUGCUGUGAUCUUUUUGUAAGGGUGCCAAUGUCACACUAGAGAUUUACAGAUCACGGUAGGAAAACUGUGAUUUAUUGGGACAUUAAAGAUAAAGCAGAUGAGGUCAUUCUCCAGCGCCACAGCAACACUAGCGGUCCAUAAAGGUAUAUUUUAGUGAUUUAUUUGUGUUUUAGUGUGGAUAAUAGUAGCAUGUGUGUGGCUUACCAUCCCAGACAAGAAACAAGUGGGACAGUAACUAUGGAUAUCCUGCAUUAGGUCCUCAAAGAUAAAGAUACAGUAAGUAGAAGUCAUGCACAACGCUGCUCCAGAAAUCGUGACCGGAUACCCUAGUGGAAGCGUGGUGGAUAAAGAUGCCAAUCCAGAGACAACCUUGGGGAGCGCUUACUCUCCAGUGGACUACAUGAGCAUCACCAGCUUCCCCAGGUUGCCAGAAGAUGACGUGUCUGGGGAAAAUACCCUGAAAUCCCGCAAAGAUGAUGACAACGUCCUGAGUGAGCAAGAUACAGACCCAGAUCUGUUUCUGAAGUCGGCUCGCCUCCAGCGCCUCCCCUCCUCGGCUUCAGACCUAGCUAGCCAUGAUGCUGUGUCGCUGCAGGAGACCAGCAGAGACCCUUUUACAGAAGAAUGUGCCUGCCAGCGAGAUGGCUUGACAGUCAUCAUCACGGCCUGUCUCACCUUUGCUACAGGAGUCACUGUGGCUCUCAUCAUGCAGAUCUACUUUGGAGACCCACAGGUCUUUAACCAAGGAGCAGUGGUGACAGAUGUGGCUCAGUGUACAUCUCUGGGCUUUGACAUUCUUGAAAAGCAGGGCUCCAGUGUUGACGCCGCCAUCACCGCUGCUCUCUGUUUGGGAAUUGUGCACCCUCACACGUCUGGUAUCGGAGGUGGUGGCGUUAUGUUGGUGCACGACAUCCGUAAGAAUGAGACAAGGGUCAUUGACUUCAGAGAGACAGCACCAUCGGCAAUCGACGAGAAGAUGCUGCUGACAGACCUUCAAGAUAAUAAUGGCUUGCUGGUGGGAGUUCCUGGCAUGCUCAGUGGGCUGCAUCAGGCACACCAGCUCUAUGGCAGGAUCCCCUGGAAAGAUGUCGUUGCCAUGGCAGCAGAUGUGGCCAGAAAUGGAUUUAAUGUUACUCAUGACUUUGCUGAAGCUUUGGCAAAAGUUAAGAGCCAAAACAUGUCGGCUGCAUUUCGGGAUUUAUUCCUACCCAAAGACCAGGUUCCCCUCACCGGACAGUUCACCAGACGCCUCGAUUUAGCAGCUGUUCUCGAUGCUGUCGCUGUUAAAGGGAUAUCAGAGUUCUAUAGUGGAAAUGUGGCUCAGAAAAUGGCAUCUGCAGUGAAAGCGAGAGGCGGAGUGCUCACAGAGGAUGACAUUCGAAACUACAGCUCAAUCAUACAGAAGCCGGCAGAAAUCACCUAUCAGGGACACCACGUGAUGGCAGCCCCAGCCCCACAUGCAGGCGUUGCUUUGAUCACUGCACUCAACAUCCUUGAAGGGUACAACAUCACCAGCCAGAUGCCGAGGACCACUACCUACCACUGGAUUGCAGAGGCUGUGAAAAUAUCUCUGGGCCUGGCUAGUAAGCUGGGAGAUCCCAUGUAUGACUCCACCGUUCCAGAGAUUGUUGAUAAGAUGCUGAGUAAAUCACAGGCUUCCCAACUUCGCGAGAUGAUCAGUGACUCUCAGGCAUUCCCUGUCCAGCAUUACACAACAACCUUUACCUUGGAGGAUGGUGCAGCAGCGGCCCAGGUCAUGGUCAUGGGCCCAGACGACCUCAUUGUGUCUGUAAUGAGCUCACUAAACAAACCCUUUGGCAGUGGGAUAGUGACUCCUUCAGGAAUCCUUUUGAAUAGCCAGAUUCUGGACUUCUCAUGGACUAAUAAAACACAGAGCUCAUCACCUAACCCACAUAACAACCUCCACCCUGGGAAAAGACCCAUGUCCUUCUUGAUGCCCACAGCAGUGAGGCCAGCCGUGGGGUUAUGUGGCACAUAUGUAGCCGUUGGAUCAUCCAAUGGAGAGAAGGCUCUCAGCGGCAUAACACAGGUGCUGAUGAAUGUUUUGUCUUCACGUAAAAACAUGAGUGACAGUUUAGCAUAUGGAAGACUCCACCCACAGCUGCAGCCCAACACCCUCCUAGUGGACUCCAAGUUUUUAGAAGAGGAUGUGGAGGGGCUGGAAGCUAAAGGUCACAUAGUUGAGAAAAGAGAUAUUUUGUCAUUGGUGGAGGGCACACGGAGAACUAAUGACCUCAUCAUUGGAGUGAAGGACCCCCGUAGUGCUGAUGCCUCUGCCCUUACUAUGUCCAAUAUGCCUUAGUGCAUCCGUCCAAUCGUACAAACAUAUAAUGCCAAGAUAGUAAGACUUACUCUGUAUGAUGCCUAAAGAGGGAGUAAGGAGGCUGCUGAUCAGAUAAAAGUAGAUAAGCAAAAGAUUCUGAAAGGGAUUCUCUGAUACUAAUUUGUUUUGCUCACAAGAAUACUAAACUGGUCACCAUCUUGCAUAUCAAUUACUCUGCCACAUCCUCACAUAACGUCCAGUCACGGUGUACAUAGUGUUGAAAAUGUGUGUUCAGUACCUUUACCCUUAGUGGCAUCAGUCUGCAGCCUGCAUUAUGCAGAGCAGGGUAAAGAAAUGUUAGGUGUGCUCAUUAAUUAUUAUCCAACACACUCGAGGUCGGUGGUGAAAACAGUAAUUUUUAAAGGUUAGAAAUUAUUGGGAGUAGCAGCUAGUUGAGACCUGAGUGAGCGGUUUUAUGUAAAUUAAUGAAAGAAAUGAUGCCACGCCAUUUAAAUGACACAUGCAUGGUGCAAAGUGCAUAUGAGUCAUCGGAUUGCUUUUCAUCUCUUGCACUACAUUUCACCAUUAAACCAGAUUGCGCGUGAGAUCAAGUGGAGUGGUGAAAGUGAUAGUAUUUACACCAGUGAUUAAGCCGUGUAUUGUCACGCAUGAACAAGACUGUCCUGAACUGAAACACAGAGGCUAAAGCUUUUACUUUCCUGCUCGUUAUAUGGUGUGUAACUGUGAUUAGAUGUUGUUUGGUACAGCUGCUGCAGCUUUAACUGUUGCAAGCAAUCAGUGGCUCUCUGGACCAUUUUUAAGACUAGCAUUAUAUGUUGUACACAAAUGUGAUGAGACCGUCCUAUCUCAAUCAAUUUCCUUCAUCAAGUGGAUUUGAUUCAGUUUAAAAGGUUUUAAAUAUCAGUAGAGUGAACGUAUUUAAAUACAUAAUUUAAGAAAUUUGAGUUGUUGCAUGAUUUUGUUCUCACUUUGAACCUGUAAAGGCUUUUUUUUCUAGAGCUGGGUGCACUUGUUCCUAAAUUUGGAUUAAUCAAAUUCUUUAGAGAUGGAAUGAAUGUAAUGACUAUUUUUAUAUGAACAUUUGUUGUGCUGUACACAUUAUUUCUACUGUUGGAGCAUUACAUUCACUCGGCACAUAUUUAGGAAGGGAUGUUCUGUUUACUUUUUGCCUACUUUUGUUGUUAUAUUAGCUAGAAUAUUUGAGGAGCCAGCAACUUUUGUAAAGCAUUGCACUUGUACACAAAAUGGGUUUGAUCUUUGCGUCCAGAACGGCCAGUGCUGACUAAUCAAAUUGGGGUUUUCACCUUGUUUUCUCCCUCACCAGUGCAAUAUGACUGUUGAUGCUUGUUUCCUGUACUGUAGAGUGCCAUGCCUUAAGGCACACAUUUGCACAGUCUGAUGUUGCACCUGUCUGGUUUUUUGUUUGUUUGUUUGUUUUUUUUUAUGUUUGCAUUUGUUGCUGAUUUUAACAAAAAUCGGCACUGUUCAGACCCAACAAAUAAAAAGUUUGCACACAUC